AAUCUUCAUUCGACAGACUCCUACAUAGCACGAAGCACGAUGGAUCAAUCUAAUGCUGCCGAUAAUUGCCGAUUGAUAAGAGGUUACCUAUCCCAGAGAAAGAUACUGGUCAUUCUUUCGGUUGCUUCAAUAAUCAUCAUCUAUUCCAUUGCCGGUACUUGGAUGCAGAGCAAGAACGAAAUGUCUUCUUCUGACCCUGUAGCUACCUGGUAUAACAAUGAAAACGAUAGAGGAACGAUUGUUUCGAAAAGUCGAGAAGCUUGGGGCCUUUAUGGCUUCCAAGACAGAAGAUUGGAAAAUACCAGGACACUGAAUCAACUCAUGGACGACAAAAGUGCCAGUCUGACGUUUUCUCUUCUGGCCAAUGCCACGCAACAUAGAAAAGGCUUGCCCAACUAUUACAUUCAUGGGACCAGUCUUGGACUGGGAGAAGAUUAUUCGAAAUGCAACAUAGCCUUCGUACACCUGCAUAAGGCAGGAGGAACCACAACUAAGGCUGUAUUAAGAAAUGUUCGUAAUAAAGCAGAAAUGCCUGCAGUAAAACUGAAUAGGACCUCUACUGAAGUCUUUGCCCAUUACAUAAAAAAGGGGCAGACAUCCAAACCUACAGUUUUCAUGGGAGGUUUUAGCUUUGGCAUAUGUGAUGUUCUAAAGGGUAGACCAUGUACAUACAUGGCGGUUCUUCGUAAUCCAUAUGACAGGAUUAUAUCAGCGUACUAUUUCUGUUAUAACAGUCGUUACACCCUGUGUGGACCGGUGUCAUCCAAAGACGUUUCCAUCACUACUUGGGCGAUUCAUCAAGGAAGUCACUUCUUUAAUCAACUUCUCAUGCUCCCGGACACAUGUAAGAGGGAUUCCAGAUCUGAUGAGUACGUCAAGCGCUAUCAAAACCAUACCAGAGAUAUUAUCCCGUACAUAAAAAAACACGAAGACGCAUGCUGGUUCCAACAGAAGGCUCUACACAAAGAAACAUUAACGAAAGACCAACGUCAUGCACUUCUACACUACAUUCUUGAAAACCUAGAAAACUGGUUCGGGGUAAUAGGACUUUUAGAGGAAUAUCAGUUAUCCCUCGAACUUUUUGGAGAAGCUUUCAAAAGGAAUUUUACGGCUGCAUAUUCAGUCCGGCUUAAUACCGGAAAAGCAAGAAAAAAAGUGGAUAACACGUCUAUCAAACAGAUGAAACAAGAUUUACUUAAUAGUGCUGAAGCAAGAGAGGCGUUAUAUGAAGAUAUCUUGAUUUACGAGAAGGCCGUUGACAUCAUGAAACGUCAAAAAGAAGAAUAUUUUCGAAUAAAGAAUAGAAGACAAAUGUUAGGUUAUUAGAAUUUCCAUUGACGAUGAUAUGAAUAUAGGAGCUUCUGGUAUUAACUGAGCCUUGAUGAAAGAUUUAUAUCCAUAUUCUUAUCGAGAACACAUUAAAGUUCCAGGAAUUGAUCAUGUAGAUUCGCUGCUCAAGCGGCAAAGGGCGAACACCAAUCCUGGCCUCGCCCCUGCCAUUAUCAACCAUAACCGACGUGAACAUCGUCCUGAAAUAUAAAAAGAGUAUAGAGAGUGAAAAACUAAUAACAUCCAUGUCUUCCUUAUAUUUAUUUCACUUUUAAAAGCAGGAUUUACAAUGAGGAAAUUUCGCUUGUUAAGUCUAAUCUUGAAAAAAUUACUUAAUUCACGUCUCCAAUGUUGGUCGCGAAGUUGGAUAAAAGGGUAGUGAUGUAUAGACGUUUAAUACUGCAUAUACCUUUUUUAUCUUAGGGAUCAUUAUUUUAUACACUAUACAUUGACAAAUCUGUGUGAGAAGCAUAUGAACUAUAUGUUGACACAAUUAUGAAAAGGAGAGAAAAGCCUGUGUCGUUGCCAAUUUUGAUCAGUCAUAUUUUGUUUUUUUUUUCAUUGAUUUAUUUAUUCAUAUUUAUUUAUGCAGGCUACUAAUCGGUCAGUCGUAGCUCUGGGCUGUGACGGGCUGUGACCGAAGACUGACAGAGCCUCUGCUGUGUCUUUCAGCGUAUUGUUAGAGGGGGUUUCCGCUUCUCCCAAGCAUUCAAAAGCAUAGAAAAUGUAUAUAGUUCAGUUGAAAAUGGGGGUUCCGGUGCACCACCAAUUUUUUUUUUGUAUUACCUGAAGUGUCUAGUUAAUGAAUAUUCAUGUUCCCUUUGCUAAAUCGUGUCCCAUAUAUAUGGGGUUCAAAAUUGGAAAUUUUGGCGGCCAUCUUAGAUUUUUCAUGAAAAUCAAUUAUUUCUAUAGUUUUUCCACAGACAAUGUGAAAAUAUUAAAUUAAUACGCUUUUCACUAUGGUUUAGACAGUAGAAAUCGAUUGCAAUCGUUUUCUUGACAGAAGAGGUCAAUAUUUUUUUGGGGGAAAUGAGAAUUUAUGCCCAAAUGUUCAUGCUUUUGGUCAAAAAUUCGCAUGUGCAUUAAUAUAUUUAUGUUUUAUCAUUAAAAUCAACAACUAAUGCAAAAUAUCAGCAUUCGACAUGAAAAGGAUAUAAUUCUUAACGAGAAUAAUUAUUUAAUCCCCCAUUUUACUGAAGCAGUGGAAUAAAUAGAACCGACGACAUCCAGGUCAAAUGGUGCACUGCGUAUCUUUUACAGGACAAAUGUUCAUCCAUAAAAAAACGAAUGUAUGAUAUAAACACAUUUACGCAUUCUUCCGUGUUUUACGACUUUUUUACGCAUUCUUCCAUGUACAUAGAUUACAUUGUAUUUACAUUCAUUGUUAAAUUGUUAAAUCACUAUAUUAUUGAUAUGUUUAUCUUAUAUGAAAUUGGAUGUAACCUGUGAAAUGUCAAUCGGAAGAGAAUAAAUUUUUAAUCGAAUCAAAUUGAAUAAAAAAAAAAUGUGUAAAAAGCAAUGAACGGUCACCUGGGGAGCGUUUCAUGAAAGGACUUGUCGGACGUUUUAUCCGACAAGUCCCAUUUUAUAAGACAGUUGCCAUAGUAACAGUGCUCCUUAGCCAAUCAACAUCAAGGAAAGUUGUCAGAUCUGACAACUUGUCAGACAGAAAUGUUGAUGAAACACUCCCCUGGUUUCUUUCUGACACCAUCCAUAGGCUGAUCCAGGGAGGGGGCUGUGGGCAUCCCUCUCCCGAUUGGCGGAGCAAAAAAAGGGAGAAUAAAGAAAAAGGGAGGGAAAAGAAGAGGAGGGAGACGAGUGAAUAAAAUAAGAUGAGGGGAAGACUUACAAAAUCUUUCAUGUCACUCGCAUUGCCUGCUAGGUGAUUUACAUACCUUGCUCAAUAUGAAGCUUAAAAUAUCAAUUGUGGGAAGUAAAUACACAAAUCAUAAUAGUAUUAUUAUGUUCUGGACCCCUAUGCAGAACAGAGUGGUAAAAAUUACCCCUCUGAAUGGGCAAUCCAGCCAUUCAUAUGCAUUCAUUUUAUUUUUUAAUUAUAUCUGAUGUAUUUUGUUUGUAUUUUGCAUGUUUUUAUGAAUGGAAAAUAAAUACAAUACAAUACAACAAUUAUAUUUCA